UUUGCUAGGCGCUUUCUCUGGACUUCAGCACGCAGACAACACGGUCUAUAUCUGUAUAGCACCCACAGCGCGCUGAAGAUCGCAAAAAACUUUUCGGCAACUUUUUGAUUGUCCCGUCAUUGUUGGAAUUUAAGUAAAAGUGGAUGCAAGUUUUUUGAAGAGCAUUUUUAAUCGUGUUGCUGUUGUUUUUAGUUGGUGUACUCACUUGUGAAACAUUUUAUUUUAAUCCAAUGUUUUGUUGCAUGCUUUAUGUUUUGGAAGAGUCUGGAACUCUUACACUUUGAAGACUAGAAGAAAAGCCACUUUCUGAAGGGGAUAUCUUUUAAACUUUCCCCCUAACCAUUUUUGGUACUUAAACACUUUCACUGGUGGCCAAAGAACUGUUGUGAAUGAAGACAGCUUUGCGCGAACUUUUAGAGCCAGCGAAGUGCAAGGAAAUCAGCGCGUUUCUCCAUGCGGACACUCAACGUGGGAGUUGAAACUCAGUACUAGCUUUACAACUGAGUGCCCAUUUUAUUUUAAAUUUUAAAACGCGAGUUUAAAACAACUUUUUUUAACGCCGCAAUGAAGACAAUGUUAGUAUUUUCUACGCUAUGCACAUUGGUCUUGCUUUUUGUUUCGGCGAAAGCAGAGUCGAAGUCGAAAAACUGCAAUGAAGUGAAGGCUGCAUACAGAUCCAAGGGCUUCAACGCCAAUGAUGUUCCUAACAAAGGGAUACAUGGAGCUCCGCUGAAGGUGUGUCCCCGGGGAGUGUCCUGCUGCACCCUGGAGAUGGAGGAGAAGCUGAGUCAGCAGAGCCACUCAGACCUGAAGGCCCCAGUCUCCCACCUCAGCAACAACCUCCAGACCACCUUCAAACAGAGACACAACCACUUUGACCAGUUUUUCCGGGAAUUGCUGGACAACGCCGAGCGUUCUCUGAACGGCAUGUUCGUCCGCACGUACGGCCUGAUGUACGUCCAGAACGCAGAGCUCUUCAAGAACUUCUUCCAGGCGCUGAAGCGCUACUACGUGACCGGGAGCAGCGCCGUCAACCUGGACGCCAUGCUCUCGGACUUCUGGGCCGACCUCCUGGAACGCAUGUUCCGAUUGGUCAACGUGCAGUACGAGUUCAGCGACUCGUACAUGGAGUGUGUCAGCCAGCACACCGACCAGCUGCAGCCGUUCGGAGACGUGCCACGCAAGCUCCGCCUCCAACUGACCCGGGCCUUCGUGGCGGCACGCACCUUCACGCGCGGCCUGUUGCUCAUGCCCGAGGUGGUCAACAAAGUCUCCACGGUGAGUGCCUCCCCCAGCUGUGUGCGAGCAGCCAUGAAGAUGUUGUACUGUCCAUACUGCUCCGGCCAGGUGGCCCUGAAGCCGUGUCAGAACUACUGUCUCAACGUGAUGCGGGGGUGCCUGGCCAACCAGGCGGACCUCGACACCGAGUGGAACAACUUCCUGGAUGCCAUGCUCAGCCUUGCUGACAGACUGGAGGGGCCCUUUAACUUUGAGUCUGUCAUGGACCCCAUCGACGUGAAGAUCUCAGAAGCCAUUAUGAACAUGCAAGAAAACAGCAUGCAAGUUUCACAAAAGGUCUUCCAGGGGUGCGGCCAGCCCAAAUCCAGCAUGGCCUUCCGUAGCCGGCGCUCUGUCAAGGAAACAGGCUUCACCGGACGCUUCCGUCCCUACAGUCCCGACGCCAGGCCCACCACUGCCGCAGGGACCAGCCUGGACAGACUGGUAACGGACGUGAAGAAGAAGUUGAAGCAUGCUAAGAAGUUCUGGUCCACGCUCCCAGACACUGUGUGUGUCGGGGAGAGGAUCACCCUCGGUGACGACUGUUGGAACGGAACCGCUAAGAGCAGAUACGAGUCUGUCGUCAUGGGUAAUGGAUUGGCCAAUCAGGUGUCUAACCCUGAUGUGGAGGUGGACAUCACAAAGCCAGACAUUGUGAUUCGCACCCAGAUUGCUUUGUUGAAGGAAAUGACCAGCUGGCUCAAGGCUGCUCACAGUGGCAAUGACAUCUCCAUUGACAAUGAUGAGGAUGCGAGCGGAGGAGGAGAGGAAAGCGGUAGUGGCUGUGACUCCCCGUCCUGCGAGGCUGACCGGGACAUCUACUUCUCGACUCCGCCUAACCCAGUCAAGCCCCGCGUGGUCCCCGUAGUCAACGUGCAGCCAGAAGCCCCCGCCAGCGUCGCCACGGCACCCAGCAGCAUGGCCCUGUUGGUGUUUGCCCUGGCCGUGCUCGCCCCCCUCUGGAGAUAAAACUGACCAGCGAGGGGGAAAAGAGAGAGUCAAAAAGAAAGAAAAGUGAGACAGACGGAGAGAAAGGGGAAAACUGUCAGAGAGACAUUAAAUAAGACUGCCUUCAGGACCUCGGUCUGUUUGCCAUCGGGGGGGGGGGGAAGACUCUUGAGUUAUUAAUAUUAUAAUAACUUCACUUUAAAAAUGUUUGUUUGUUUAUAAAAAUGGACAUCAGUGUACAGCGAUACAAUAUUCUUCCAAAAUGUUUUUUUGCUCAUAUUAUCCCGAUUUAAGUUCCACACAUCAGUUCUAGGGAGUCCCCUUGUCACACCACAUGAGCAUUAUAUCCCACUAUUCAUAGUUUAAUUGCUACCCUUAAAUGGUUGUUAUUCCGAUUUAUUUGAAAAGGAAGCAGUGCGCGGUUCGUAUGAAUGUAUUGAGUACCUGUGUUUGUGUCUGUGUCUCUCUGUGUAGCGUGUGUGCGUGUGUGUGCUUUUCUGAAUCUAUUCACCAAUGCGUUUCCCUUAUGAGAUCAACUAAGGAAUGAUGUAGCAUGUACUCAUGUUUUGUUGUGCAUGUUUGUGUGUGUGCUUGCGCUUCCUUUUUAGACAUUGGCCAUAUGUUUGGGCUGGUCAGGGAUGGGGAAACAAAUACCUGACAGGAGCAAAACGACAUGUCUUGAAGCUCUGGACCGGUUUUCAGAGCAAGACAGAACAUAAAUCAGGUUGCUCUGUGAAAAAUACAAUGAAUGAAGCUCCAGGGCUAACAUUGACAUGGUUUGGAAGGAGGAGAGCCUGGUUGGUGAGGGUUUAGUGCUCUCUGCAUGCCCAUGCUGUGCAUACAAUUCAGUAUGUAUGAGUAAGGAAGUGAGGAGUAUCACAUCCCAGGCGUCCGACCUGUAUUUACACUCAACUGGUUCACUGAGUUCAUACCUCAUGUGUGUUUUUUUAGUCCUUUUUAAACUAGCAGUGUUGAAAUUGAAAGUGUCUGAUGGAGUUGGAAAGGUGGGGGGAAAGUCCCAACGUAGAGAACAGCGAGAGAGGAGGGACUCCCCUGUCAUGACCCCUAAAGAAGGCGAAGUUAACACUUGCCAGGCCUGGAUCCCUGAGUCACAGUCAGUCUGAUAGGUUGAGCUCAGAGCAGACUGUACAGUCUUGCGUGUUUGAUAAAGGAGUGGCCUUGACAGGGAGGGGCUUGCAUGUCCAAAAUGUUUGAGAUGAAUCAGAAAAGAGAGAAACAAAAGGCAACUCUGAUUCAAAUCGGAGAAGAGUGAAACGUGGAUGGUAUAAAAGAAAAUUGUAACAGGGUUUUAUGUGGAGGAUGUGGUCUAAUUGUUAGUCAUUGUUGGAUAUAAAUAUAUAUAUUCGGUACUACAGUGAAUUUUACAGCUAAUUUUAGGAACUGGUGGGAGAGGUCUGUGUACAGAACAGAUGAGCUUUUGGGGCAUUUCUUUGUCCCACAUAGACAUUUACCUCUUUACUCUGAUUGAUUGACAUGUCUUUUUGAGAUGUGUUGACUUACAAAGUCUGUCAACCAAGGUCCCUUCUCACAUCCAAUUGUUUCAAAUUCUUUGUUUUCAUAGCAUAUAAAUUUGAUACCAUCCUGUCUGAUGUGUACAAUGAAACAUUGGUAUGCUUUUGGCUACUUCUCAUUGUAAGAAAAGAACAUAGUUAAAUGUGGCAGGAAAUGUCAGAUCGUCUCUAACGUCAGUUGAGAUGUCUAGGUGUUCCAAGGUGGUGUCACUGAGUUUCUUUUAUCGGAUGACUUGACAAGCACAACAGUUUCUUGUGGUCCAGAAAGUCAUGGAUAUUUUAUUUUUCACAUUACCCUCCAGUUGCUCUUGUACAGUAAAUUAUGUAAUUGCAUGUUUAUUUUAAAGCAUUUACAAACAUGGUUCUAGAAAUGACAAAAAUAUCUGAAAAACACAGUAUUCAGAAUGUAUUGAUAUGCAUAUUUGUAGAUGAAAAGAUAUUAAUAAUUUUUACAAAUUAACAGAAAUAUUUGUAUGGAUAUCAGAUUACCUGUUUUACAUAUGAAUUCUGUAAAAGAAACAGAUUAUCUUAUCUGCAGUUUUUUCGGAACCAUAUUGGCUGAUUGUAUGGUAUGUAUGGUGAUGUCUGGACAGGGCUGAUUUCUUUAGACAUUUUGUGCCUCUUCUUUAGUUCCUCCUUGUGCCAGAAGCAUCUUUGACUUCAUUUAUAUUGUACAUUUAAAGACAGCUUUAACCCCUAAUGACAUAAUGCCCCCUAGAGUUAUGAUUGGCCAGUCAAGAGGGCUCAAAAGGAUCUAGGACAUAAGAGAUUACGCCAUGAAAGGGACCUCAUACAUACCUAUGCCCACACAAAAUAUCUAUGCUGUCAUUUGACAACUCACAUGGCUUUACUUCUUGUCCUACUUUUGUUGAGUUCUGAGACCUAUUACAUCAUCUUGUUAUAUAUUUUUUCAAACGGUUGUGCUUGUUUGUGUCAUUAGGGGGAACUUAUGGGGUAUCUGUUAUCAGACUCAUUUUUCAAACCUAACCAAUUUGUGUGCGUGGGGGUGGGGGGUGGGGUGGGGGCAAGGAUGGUAAAUGUCAGUGCUUGAGGGUCAAGGCAGCAGCCUUUUCCAACCAACAGCUCUGCUGGCCAGGCAGGAUUUUCCUUUUUAUUUGAUCUUUAACAGGACAGCCAUAUCGUGAGAGCUGCCAUCCUGUAGGUUUUUGCUCCUUGCCCAGUACUACUAACCUGAUCCAUCUUAUCAACCAGCUUCUUAUUAUAACUAGAUAUGUUACAUUAAGGUUGGAGCAGAAACCUAAAGCAUGGUAACUCUCCAGGAAUGUGGUUGGGCAGGCCUGAUCAAUAAUAUGGAGCACCUUUAGUUCUGGGAAAGAAAAAUACAGAUGAAGUUGGUGGGCAAGAUACUCCUUCAUCUGACUCUGGUACUCAGAACGCCUCUUGCCAGAGAAAAAGAGACUGAAAAACAAUAAAACAAAAUGUGUAAAUAUUUGAGCUGCCGUUUUAGAAGUCUCUGAAAGAGGCCAUAACAAUCCAUACAAUUUUUACUCGGAGAAUCUCCUAAAUGUUAUGAUAAAAACAAGAAUGACAUAGAAGAUCAAUUGUAAAAGAAAGGUAUAUUAAACAACAUUUCCUGGUCUUGUUCAAAUAAAGACUGCCAAUAUUUAAA